CCAUCAGGAACGCAGCCAAUCAUCUAAGGCCCCUGUCGCGACCGUUCCUGAAUCCACUUUCACCCCACUCUCUUCGACUUCUUGACGGCGGCGUCCAUCUCCAAAUGAGGGGCUUUCAGCCUUGAAAAUUCGAUUGGAAAUUCCCCAUUGAUUCCAACGCUAGAUAUCGGCGUUCCCUUUCUUCCAAGAAAGAUGGUUCAGAACAUCACCAUCCAACGGCCCCUAAACGCAUAAACGCGUGCGCGCCGAUGCUUCGGGCCUUAAUUGGACCUUCCCGGCCUAUAGCAAGAAACAUUUCUCCCCUCCUUUUCCGGACAAUUUCACCACCAACACAGCAAUCAUCUCCCCCCGCCCCAAAAUAUGGCCAGCGAUGAGGUCAUCUUUGCGACAGUUCGGCUGUUGAGCCGAUGCUGACCCAGGAACCCCCCGUUGUCUCCGAAUCCCGGAUCCUCGGCUACCUUACGUACACACGCCGCCGUGCCGGGACCGCUCCAGCAUGGCCUGCGGGAUGAAAGAACGUGGAAUGCGGGUGGGUGGACCUCGGCGUAUGCACCCGCAGCAGGCUCUUCCCUGAUGACUACAAAAAAAUCAAAAUCUCUCUCUCACUCUAUAUUUUCGAUACCUUACUUUGACUUGUCUGACUGAACCCCAACCCUGUACUUUGAUAUCGAACCACCCAACAAAACAAAGAUGAACGGAACCAACGGGGUCAAGAAGCAGACCCUCAACAGGGCAUCCGAGGUGGAACAUCUCGUUGAUGCUGUGAAAUCCUUAAUCAUCCCCUUCAUUCAGGCCGCCGAUGAUGCUGUGCCAUCCAGGGCUGCCGGGGAACUGCUCCCAAACAGGAACGGUGUCGUCCGCAAUGCCCUAGUCGAGUCCAAGAGACCGGAAGAGCUGGUCAAGGAAUUGGCCUUGUCUCUCCCUCGAGUAGGCCGUGGCGAGGAGGGUCUCUUACAGACGAUCCAAGAUGUCCUCAAGCACAGCGUCAACACCUGGGACCAGGGGUUCAUGGACAAGCUGUAUGCCAGCACCAACCCCGUCGGCGUCAUCUCCGAGCUCGUCCUCGCCGUCCUCAACACAAAUGUCCACGUCUACCAAGUCUCCCCAGCCCUGGCAGUAAUAGAAAAGCACACCGCCAAAACCUUCGCCUCCCUCUUCGGUUUCAACGGUCCCCGCGCCGGCGGCGUAACCUGCCAAGGCGGCUCCUCCUCCAACCUCACCUCCAUAGUCAUCGCCCGCAACACCCUCUACCCCGAAUCCAAACUCAACGGCAACUCCGCCGCCUCCAACGGCCCCUUUGUCUUAUUCACCUCCUCCCACGGUCACUACUCGGUUGAAAAAGCCGCCGUAACCUGCGGCUUCGGCUCCUCCUCAGUCUGGACCGUCCCCGUCGACGCCAGCGGCAGGAUGAUCCCCUCCGAACUCCGCCGCCUCGUCCAAAAGUCCCUCGACCAAGGCCUCACCCCCUUUUACGUCAACGCCACCGCCGGCACCACCGUCUUGGGGAGCUACGACCCCUUUGAGGAAAUCUCGGCCGUCUGCAAGGAGUUCAACCUCUGGAUGCACAUCGACGCCUCGUGGGGCGGCCCGGCCAUCUUUUCCGCCGCUCACAAGCACAAGCUUGCCGGCAGUCACCUUGCCGAUUCCCUGACUGUGAACCCGCACAAGAUGCUCAGCUGUCCGGUCACGUGCUCGUUUCUGCUGGGGCCGGACAUGUCGGUUUUCCACAAAGCAAACACCCUUCCGGCGGGGUACCUCUUUCACAGUUCGGCUCCGUCUGACGUGUGGGACUUGGCGGAUUUGACGCUCCAGUGCGGGAGGAGGGCUGAUUCGCUCAAGCUGGCGCUGGCGUGGAUUUACUACGGGGCGGAGGGGUUUGGGAGGCAGAUCGAGGCUGCUUUCGAGCUGGCGGCGUAUUUUGCCGGGUUGCUGGAACGGAGCGGGAACUUUGUGCUGGUUAGUGAGAACCCGCCGCCGUGCUUGCAGGUUUGUUUUUAUUAUGCGCCUGGGGGGAGGUUGAGGGAGACGGGGGAGGGGAACACGGAGGUCACGAGGGGGAUGGUGGAGAGGCUGGUGAGGAGGGGGUACAUGGUUGAUUACGCGCCGGAUGUGAGCGAGGAGAGCAGGGGGAGCUUCUUUAGGGUGGUGGUCAAUGCUCAGACGUUGAGGGGGACGGUGGAGGGGUUGGUGAAGGGGUUGGAGGCGGUGGGGAGGGAGGUGGUGCCUCAGUAG